AGAGUAUCCGUGUAUUAGAAAAGAGGGAAAAAGCACACACACCCAUCUUCCAAAACAAAAAUGGUGAAGAUCAUGUACCGAAUCAGUAGAGAAUGUCGAAGUGGACUACAAAGCUUAAAUUGUUUCACAUCAAGCUGAAGGAAUGAGGAACACAAUUGCUACAGGAUGAUGUAGGAGUUAGUCAAUCAAGCAAAGGCACUAUUCUAUCAACAUUCUAUUACGGGAGAAGGCGUUCCUUUUUCAUUUGAGAUAUGAUCUUUAACAUGUGCAUUAUGUCCAUUAGAUACAAAUACGUUAGAACCGAAGAGGAUUUCAUCAUCACCACUCACCACCCGAUACACUGCAUCGCCCUUGAUGUUGUAAUGAGAUUUGAAGGAGAUGGGGAAGUGGGUGUUGACCUUAGAAGUACAACGAUUCAAAUAUCAACAAGCUCAGUCAACAAAGAGAACGGAGGAAUCUAUACAAACCAUUCUUCUCCAACUACUAUAGGCCCCACAAGACCUACUUCUACACCAUCCAGACUCACUCUGUUUAAAGAGCCCAAAUAAUGGGUUCAGACAAAGUGUAAUUCUGAAAAUGACAGCUUGGUCUCUCAAAAAAAGACGUGUACUUUUCAAGUGCAUCAGGCCCUUACAUCUGAAAGAGAACUUGUAUUCAUGUUGGUCGACCCGAAUGAUCCAACAAUGGAGCACAUAAAUUCCAAUAAUUUUCAUAGCAUAUUUGCUGCUUUGAACCCACCUUCUAGAGUAAUUGAUCAGAACAUAACAGAGAAAGCUAUAAUCUUUUUUGUGGAUUAA